CGAAAUUCAAGCACAUGAAAUUCGAUAUGCUACUAUUCCAACUGUUUGCCCCCCUCCUCGCCUAACUUCCCCUUUUCCUAUUUACUCCCAAUUUUCCAUCAUUCAUUCCCCCCAACUUCUAAACAAGGAGUAAUUCAUCAAACAAACGCAAACCACAAAAUUUCCAGCUCAACAAAAAAACCUUCUUUUUCAGCUCGUCAAUUCGUCGAACAUGUGGAGUGCGAAAGACUCCUCUCAUGGCCGGAGUAAAGGGAAGGCGAUCGAGACGUCGAAUUUCGCCCAAACCUGCAAUCUCCUCAGCCAGUACAUGAAGCAGAAAGGUACCCUCAGAGAUUUGAAUCUCGAAAUCGGUGGAAAAGUUGAAAGCCUCGAAACUCUAGUGAAGCCUGGAUCAUCUCUUGCUGCGACGAAACCUGCGAACACCGAUUCACCGGUAAACUGUGGGAUAUCUGCGCAUACGGCGGCGGAAAUUCCGAUUUGUGUGGUGGAAGAGGCUUCGGAUAAAGCUAGCACAUGCAAAGGUGGUAACAGCAAAGAUCCCAAGAUUGCGCAGUUGACGAUCUUUUACUCAGGAAAAGUGUUGGUUUUCGAUGAUUUUCCGGCGGAUAAGGUUCGAGACGUAGUGCACGUAGCCAAAAAGAGCGGUUCGAAGAUGUCUUACGGCAUCACGGCCACGAGCAUGGAACGGCCGAAUCCCGUGGCCGCGACGUCAAGCCCGCGCGAGGGGCUACCGCCGCGGCCGCAAGCUGGGAAGCAGCACGUUGGCAUUUCGUCGAACCCCUGCAAGGCUAGAGUGAGUGAAGCUGGGCCGUCGAGCUCGGGAGGUGAAGAAGAGCUCUCGACUACCUCUGAGGGUAGUGGAUCAGAUUUGCCAAUUGCAAGGAGAUCAUCACUUCAUAGGUUUCUUGAGAAGAGAAAAGAUAGAUCUGCUGUGAGAGGGCCAUACCAUAAUCAUCAAGAGAAUGUUGCACACAAUUUCAAGGCUGAAGAACCAUUUGACCUAAAUAACUUCCCUUAUCAAAAAGAUUAGUGUUUCAAUUUUUCCAAGUUGUACUUUAUCAUUCUUUUAUUGUAUUAUUAUAGCAACUUCUUGAUUGGUAAUGUCUUAGGCAGUUGAUUUUCCACUCUCACUAUCUAUGAUAUCAAGACCUUAACAUAUUGUACACUUUGCAAUGAAAUUGAAGGAUGAAACAAUUUUUUUCUCUAAAAA